AUGGGUCAGUGGUUAGCGUCUGCGUUCAAAUCGCUCCUGGGAAAGCAGGAGGUGCGUAUUCUGAUGGUGGGUCUUGAUGCGGCCGGUAAAACAACAAUUCUGUAUAAACUCAAGCUUGGUGAGAUUGUGACCACCAUUCCAACGAUCGGAUUUAAUGUUGAGACAGUGGAGUACAAGAAUCUCAAGUUCACCAUGUGGGAUGUCGGUGGUCAGGAUGUUCUGCGCCCCCUUUGGCGUCACUACUAUCAAAACACCAAUGGACUCAUCUUCGUUGUGGAUUCCAACGAUCGGGAGCGUAUUGGCAAGGCAAGGCAGGAGCUGGAAAAGAUGUUGACAGAGGAUGAGCUCCGCAAUGCGGUCCUGUUGGUGUUUGCAAACAAGCAAGAUUUGCCGAAUGCCAUGAGCACGACGGAGGUGACGGAGAAGUUGGGUUUGCAUUCUGUGCGCCAGCGUAAUUGGUAUAUUCAGGGUUGUUGUGCUACUACAGCCCAGGGGCUGUACGAAGGCCUUGACUGGCUUGCCGCAAAUAUCAAAAAGAGCACACAGUAG